UAAAAAACUAAAUAGAUUAAUUUUGGACAAAUUAUAAAUUGAAUAUAGCAGUGACGAUUGUCUGUAUUUUUUUUGAGGGAUUCAAACUUGUAUAUAUCUGGCUGGAUACAAUGACCUUCAUUUCGACUUGAUGAAAAAAAUAAUAAUUUCUAGACUACUUUGUAUUUUUCAUUUUUAUUUUUGAGUGAGUCAUUGCUAAAGAUUUGAGAUUCAAGAGUAUUAUUAGAAUUUUUUUUUUAACCCGACCGUUGUCUUUGCUCUAAAAAAAAAUAACAAUUUUUUUUAACCCGACCGUGACUAUGUAAAAUUUAGUCCUGCAUUUUUGCUGCUUAAAAUGACCGUGUUCAGUCAAAAUUUCAACUAUCAAAAUUAAUUAAUUUUAGUUUACACGAAAAUUUUGAUAAGUAUAUUUUAAUAAUAGCAUUAUUUACCCUAAUUUUUAUUUUUAUAUUUUGUAUUUUCAUUGUUGCUAGUUUAUUUCUUAUCUCUUAAAUCUUACGUCAAUUCAAGAGUGACGAAGAACAGCACUCAGCUCUGGGUCUGAUCCUGCCGGCAACUCAUCUCCGCCGUCCGCCAUCCACAAUCGCCGGCCUCCUUCCUCCACUACAGGAGGCAUGGAAACGACGAGCAUCCAGGGGAGUAGUAGCAUCAUGUGGUUCUUCAAAGACAGAGGUUUCAAUGACAGAAACAUUCAAGAAAUGUCUCAAAAGUGCAAGCACCUUGAGAGCUUGCACCGCGAGAAAGCCUCUGAAACUUGGGAUUACCUGAAAAGCAUCGGCAUCCACGAGCGUAAGCUCCCUUACAUCAUCGGAAAGUGUCCCAAAAUCCUCACCCUCGACUUGCAAGGCAAACUUAUUCCCAUGGUUCAGUGCCUCGGAUCCUUAGGAACGAAACCAAACGAGGUAGCUUCCGCCAUAACCAAAUUCCCGCACAUUCUCCUGCAUAGAUUGGAAGAGAAGCUUUGCCCGCUACUCGCCUUUUUCGAAUCCCUCGGAGCCCCCGAAAAACUCCUAGGAAAGAUGAUUCUACUGAACCCCAGAAUCGUGAGCUACAGCAUCGAGUUCAAACUUUCCCGGACAGUCGAUUUUCUCGCCAGCCUCGGCCUGUCCAAAGACGGGGUGAUCGGAAAAGUCCUGGUCAAGCAUCCCUUCAUUAUGGGCUAUAAUGUCGACAAACGCCUCUACCCGACUUCCCAAUUUCUCAAAUCUCUAGGCCUAACCGAGCCGCAACUCCAGAAGGUAGCCAUGAAUUUUCCGGAAGUUCUUUGCCGGGACGCGGACAAGUCCCUAAGACCUAACGUUAUGUACCUAAGAUCUUGCGGAUUGGAUUCGGGACAGAUUGCGGAAAUAGUUUCGGGUUUUCCUCCGGUUUUGAUCAAGAGCGUGGGGAAUUCGUUGAAACCGAGAGUCAAGUUCUUGGAGGAGGUGAUGGGGAGACGAAUCGACGAGGUUGUCGAGUAUCCGGAGUUCUUCAGACAUGGGCUGAAGAAGAGGUUGGAGUUGAGGCAGAAAUUGUUGGGACAGAAGAGCAUUCGAUGUGGUCUGAGUGAAAUGUUGGAGUGUAAUCACAACAAGUUUCUAUUGAAAUUUGGACUUCACUGAGAAACUUCUUUUCAGCUAUAACUUUCUGGCGGAGGGUAUAAAUGUCAUUUCAGGGCAGCCAUGCCCACCAACAGAGCACAAAUACAAUACGAAGAAAGUCAAAUACAGAGUUAGUCGGCCAUUUGUCAUGGAAUCGCGUCAACUUCGUACGCUCCCCAUCAACGGAAUCGCCCAAUUUUUCUGAUUUUCAAUCCUCCGUUCCACCCAGGAGAUAAUUCGAGGACGAAUUGUUCGUUGUUGGAUGCCAAUUCAGUGAUUGGCAGCCGUUCCCGACGAUCUGAAUCAUCUUAUUUAUGCAUUUUUCACCGACCAGGAUCGUCUUCCUCUUCCCGAAGAAUUGAUUACUAAUAAAGCGCCAUGAGUCUCUUCGGCCUCGGAAGG